ACAAUAAAAAUAAAGACAAAAAGUUUUCAACUAGAGAAAGAAGCAAAGGUUGAAGGUGGUGAAGAAAACACCACCAUCACCUUAACCUUUGUUAAUUUUCGACCAACCUCACCAUCACCAUCAGUAUUAUUUUGCAGAUAUCAAAAUAAUCAACAGGAUUUUAAAAAACGAUCUAGGACCGUGAUUUAGAUUGCAACAUCAAGAUUUUUAAAGGUCUGCGAUCACAAUUGGAAUCACAUCAGUUGCAUUUGUCCUUGAUAUCAACAAACGUGAUCGUGAUUGAUAUUUAAAACCUUGAUCGACAAAUUAAGAGAGGGGAAAAAAUGAGGGUAUUUGAAAGAGCGAGUGGAGCCAUCAAGGACAAGAACAGCAUUUGGGCAGCAAAAUUCUCACGAAAGGGUCCACUCCACAACCCUGAUUUAGAAACCGUGGUAAUCAAGGCAACGAGCCACGACGAUCACCACAUAGAUUCAAAGAACGUGCAAAGAGUGUUCCAGUGGUUACGAACUUCACCCUUGUACCUGAAGCCUCUCGUGUGGGCCCUCUCCAUGCGCAUGCAAAAGACUCGAAGCUGGGUCGUGGCGCUCAAAGGCUUGAUGCUCAUCCAUGGCAUUUACUGCUGUGACAUUCCCGUUGUGAACCGCAUGGGGAGGUUACCCUUUGACCUCUCAAACUUCUCCGAUGGACACUUGAGCCCUGCAAAGGCUUGGAGCUUCAACGGUUUCGUUCGCGCUUAUUUCGCCUAUUUGGAUCAGAGGUCAUCGUUUGUGUCCUCCGAGGUUAAGCAGAAGAAGAAUGUUAGUAAUAACAAGAAGACGGAGGAGGUGGAGGAGACGUUGAUGGAAGAGCUUGAGAAGCUGCAAAAGUUGCAAGGGAUGAUUGACAUGCUUCUCCAGAUCAGGCCAAAGGAUGAGAAUUUGAACAUUGGUUUGAUUCUUGAGGCUAUGGAUUGUAUCAUAGUCGAGGUUUUUGGUGUGUAUAGUAAGUUUUGCAACAAGAUUGCAAAAGUUUUGGUGAGGAUAUAUGAGGUUGGUGGGAAGAUGGAAGCGAAUAUUGGCCUCCAGGUUCUUCAGAAAGCAUCGAUUCAAGUGGAGGAGAUAUCUUUGUUCUUUGACUUGUGCAAGGAUAUUGGGGUCCUCAAUGCAUCUCAGUGCCCUAAGAUUGAUAGAAUUUCACCGGAAGAUAUUCAAGAUCUUGAGAGGAUAAUCAAUGGUGCUUCUUCCAAGAAGGGUUGUGGUUUUGUGGGAAAUGAUGAGGAUAAUAAUAAGGCCAUUGUGGUGAGAGAUUGUUCUUCCACUGCAAUGGUUUCGCAACAGGAGGAGUCAGAGAAUGGUUUAAUGACCGUGAUCACGCAACAAUGGGAGGUGUUUGAUGAUGAUCAUGUAAUCGUUGGUGCUAAAGGAAUGGAUAAUGUAUCUAAUAAUGGUGCAAAGGAUAUAAUUGGCACCACAACCAACCCUUUUGAGGAAUCAUAUAGCAUCGUACCUUAUGUUCCUGUUCAUCACCAUCUAGCUCUUCCUGAUCUAAUUAGUUGGUAGAAUCAUAGAACCGAGGUUUAUGUGUCGUUUGUUUCCAUUUCCUUUCACUAGAUAUUCAUUGUGCUAUAUUAAUAUACUACUGAGGGAAAGGAAAUAUGGGAAAGUGGAAACCAAAGGGGUAAAAGUUCUUUUGAUGCAUUAAUUUCUCUGUUCCACAUUAGCAGAAGAACUUGUGAAUCCCCCUUUCUCCAGCAUUAGGAAGUUUUAUGACAUAAAUUUUAUGUUCUUAUUGUUGUUGAGAUAUAUAUGAUAAUUAGAUAUUGA